AUGGCACCUAAGAACAACGCCAAAGCUAAGCCUGCAAAGGGCAAAGGCAAGGAUGCUGGGGACGACGGCAAGGGGAAAAUGAAGGCCGCGACAGCGAUCAACGCGCGACACAUUCUGUGUGAAAAACACUCCAAGAAAGAAGAGGCGUUGGAGAAGCUGCGUAAUGGAGUCAAGUUUGAUGAGGUUGCGCGCGAAUUUUCAGAGGACAAGGCUAGGCAAGGUGGUUCGCUAGGUUGGAAGGUUCGUGGAAGUUUGGAUGCUGCCUUUGAGAAGGCGGCUUAUGAAUUGGAGCCUAGUACUACUGGUAAUCCUAAGUAUGUCGAGGUGAAGUCGGGCCAUGGGUAUCAUAUUAUCAUGGUGGAGGGACGAAGAUAA